CACACAUAUGCACGUAAUCAGUGGUGUCUGCGUAAUAGAGUCCACUUCAUACAACGACAGUUAACUUAUUGUAUAUGAAUAACAUGCUCGGGACCAUUGUUCUCUUGUUAUCGUGCAUUUUACGAUGUUUACACGGAUUUCCAAACGGGCCACCGCGGUCGACAUGUACAAACGGUCUCCCGAUGCAUUCUGCUUCAGGACGCUUAAUCGAACCUCAAAACGGAACAUGUCCUUACAUAAUUACGAUCAACGCAACAUCGUAUAAGCCCGGAGACACCAUCUCUAUUCGGAUCCAUAGCUUAAAGGGCGUUUCUUUCAAAGGGAUAUUCCUACAAAUGCGACCACUUCCCCGGACUGACGGAAAGGGGUACAUUGAUCAACCCAUGGGCACAUACUACAGAUCUGUCGAGAACGUGAAACUCAUCAACUGCGGACCUUCAUUGGACACGAUCACUCACAAAGACGCGUUUUCCAAACUGGAAGCGAAAUUUGAAUGGAGAGCCCCCCUAUUAGCCAAAAACGACGUAGAAAUAAGAGCAACGAUUCUGAAAGACUUUGCAACGUACUGGACGGACGUCAAGUCGAAACGCAUACGCCUGGUUCAUGAUGCCAACACUGUACUUCCGGUUGAAAAGCUCGAGAAACCAUGGGUGAAAGAGAUUAUAAGAACAAUAAAAGCCCGUGAUGACGUUAAUACAAGAAGACAACUGGUAAAGGCGCGCUUCGAAAAGGGAUUCAAAAACAGCGUGGAUCCACAUGGAUAUAUCAUGGUAAGCUACGUUAACGACAUGCUCCCAUACGAAGACAAGUUUCAACAUCGAACAUUGCCUGCAACGGAAAGAAACGCUAGCGAGUCGAAAACAAACGAGACUUUUGUCCGGUCAAUAUCGACCGACGCCAACGAAUUUGACGCCUCGUCGGCCCAGGGGGCGGUUGGAGUAGACGUGCCUGUGGGUGUGCGGGUGGUGCAUGGGAACGCCAGCCUGUCAGAGUACGACACCUGCUUGAGAUCUGUACUAAAGGGCGACAACUCUGUACUUUAUAGGCUCAGUGAGUUAGUGGACUUGAAGACCUAAGUAUCGAAUGACAUAAGCUUACAGAUUGUCUCAAAUUGUUUGAAAAUGUCUUGGAACUGAAGAAAUCCGAAGAUUACACUAAAUGGUAUGUGUAUUGCUGUAAGGCAUGCAAGUUAUGACAGAAGAUGUUAUUUCUACCUUAAUUGAUUCCUUUAAAAUGUUGUUUUUGUUACAUUUUUCAAUAUUUUUAUGUUUU